AUGAAGGCCAUGGUGUGGAACUGCCAAGGUGUUGGGAACCCCCUGACAGUUUCCCAACUGAGGAGGCUCAUCUCCCUCCAUUCCCCAUUUAUCUUCUGCCUUUUAGAAACAAAAAACUCAAAUCAAAAACUCCAAAAUAUCAAUAAUCAGAUCGGCAAUUUCAACCUUCAUCUUGCUCCCCCUCAAGGCCUCUCGGGUGGACUCGCCCUCUUCUUUCCUCCGGAUCAAGGGGUUACCAUUGUUGACAGUAAUGCCUUUCAAAUCACAUGCUGUAUUGACUCGGGUAAUAAGCUUGGCCCAUGGUACCUCACCUCUAUUUACGCCUCUUGUGAUGAUGCUACCAGAGCCUCUCAAUGGACUUAUCUCAAAAAUUUACAAAAUCGUAUAGGGCCCCCUUUCACGUGGUGUAAUAACAGAGGUUUUGGUCAUACCAUCAGAGCUCGUCUGGAUCGUGGAUUAUGCACCCUGGAUUGGCUCAAUCUUUUCCAUCAUAGUAGGCUGUACAAUGUUCCUGUUUUUGGAUCUGAUCAUAAUGCUCUUCUGCUGACCCUCAAUGAAAGCAUCUCUCCUGUCAAGAGACAAUUCCAUUUUGAUGCUAUAUGGGUGAAAAACAAGGACUUUACUUCCCUCAUUCAAUCUAUCUGGAACUUCCCAUCAUCAGGCUCAAUCCUCUUUCAAUGUCAGGAGAAGCUAAAAUCCUACAAGUUCAAACUUAAGUCAUGGAACCGAAGUAAGAAUUAUAAUUCCAGAGACACAAUCCAACUCCUUCAAGAUCAACUCCACCUUGUCAAAAGCCAACCCACUCUGGAUCGAGCUGCAAUCUUCAAAUUGGAAACUGAACUGGGUCAUGCUUGGCGCGAAGAAGAGCUUUUCUGGAAACAGAAAUCCCGAAUUGCUUGGUUGAACCAUGGUGACCAAAACACCAGUUACUUCCAUAGGAAAACUCUUAUUCGAAGGCAAAAAAACUUUAUUCCAGGUAUAGAGGACUCCCAAGGACAAUGGUUGGACUCAAAGGAAGAUGUUCGAAGGGUUGCUGAGAAUUUCUUUUUCAGUCUUUACCUCUCUCAAGGUCCUCAUCAAGACACUGCUUUUUGGAACUUGAUUACUCCUAAGGUCACCAGUGAUAUGAACCAAUCCCUCCUCCGUGAAGGAACUGAAGAUGAAUUAAAAGCAGCUCUAUUCAAUAUGGGUCCUUUCAAGUCUCCUGGUCCAGAUGGAUUUACCCCACUUUUCUUCCAAGCUAACUGGAUCACUGUCAAGAGUGGUAAAACUGGGUUUUUUGCUCUCAAGCUUGAUAUUGCAAAGGUUUUCGAUCGUAUUGAGUGGGCUUUCCUUGAAUUGAUGUUGCAACAUAUGGGCUUUGAUGAACACUGGGUCUCCCUCAUUAUGGAGUGUGUGUCCACUGUGUCAUACUCAAUCAUCAUCAAUGGUGAAUCUGGUGGUUUAGUCAAACCUUCACGGGGCCUUCGCCAAGGUGACCCCUUGUCUCCUUAUUUAUUCCUCCUAUGUACUGAAGGAUUGUCAACUCUCCUUCAUCGGGCACACCAUCAGAACCUUAUUAGUGGUCUCAAACUUAGCAGAUAUAAUUCUCCAAUCACUCACCUUUUAUUUGCUGAUGACUCCCUUCUUUUUCGCGAAUCUUCUACGACUGAAGCUCGCAACCUAAGGAAUCUCCUCAAAAGGUAUGAGCUUUUAUCAGGGCAGUUAGUCAACUUCCACAAAUUUGGGGUCUUCUUUAGUACUAACACAAGACCAUCUCGUAGAAGGAAGAUUCUCAGAAUUCUUCGUUACAAAAUCCCAUUUAAAACCUGUGACACCCUUCAACAGAAAAUGAUGAGAUUUUGGUGGUCUGGUUCUGAAGACCUUACUCACUCUCAUUGGAUCAAAUGGGACUCCCUCUGUCAACAGAAAAAAGAUGGUGGUCUUGGUUUUAAGGACCUUCGUUCCUUCAACAUGGCGCUCUUGUCAAAACUCACUUUGCGUUUAUUCAAAGGAGAUACCUCCCUUCUCUUUCAGUCCCUUAAAGCAAAAUACUUCCAUAACUGCUCCUUUUUGGACUCUCAUUGCAAAACCACUGCAUCUUGGAUUUGGCGUGGAAUCCAUGCGUGUAUCCCCAUCAUUCUCAAAGGCACUAAAUGGUCAAUUUCUGAUGGCUCCCUUAUUAAGUAUUGGGAAGAUCCGUGGCUCCCUGACCCAAAUAACCAUUUUAUUUCUACCCCAGUCCCCCCACAUUGCUCCAUCUUCAUAGUUACUGAUCUUACUCUCCCCUAUCCCACCCGCUGGAAUAUUCCCCUAAUCAAAAACACUUUCAACAUCAGAGAUUCCAAUCUCAUUCUCGGAAUUCCUCUUCGAGAAACGGGUGGUGUUAAUUCACCUAUUUGGGGAGCCUCUCCUUCGGGACGGUUCACUGUUAAAAGUGCCUAUCACAUUGCCAUGCUUUUAAACUUCCCCAAACCAGGCCCUCUUCCAUCAAUUGGCAGUAGCAAUGCUCAUAUCCACUCUCCAAACUGGGCUGAAAUAUGGAAACUGAAAACUAGCAGGAAAAUCCAAUUUUUCAUCCGGCAAUGCGCUCACAACCGCCUUCCAGUUCUUCAUUCUCUCAAAGCCAGACGCAUCGCGAGUUGUAGCAUAUGUCCUGUUUGUGGUAUUGAAGAAGAAUCUCUCAUCCAUCUUCUCUUUCGCUGCCACAUCUCGCUCACAGCUUGGCGCAUCAGUCCUCUCCGUUUAGAUUUUGCUUCCAUUCCCUGCAUCUCGUGGCCUCAAAUUUGGAAAAUCCUUUCUUCUCUCUGGCACCCUCAUCCAGAUGGUGACUCUUUUAAGAGUUUCUUCACCUUCCUUUGCUGGCAACUUUGGCUGACCAGGAACAACUGGCACUUCAAUCGGAAGCGUGGCAACCCCAAAUCAAUUGUGGAUUGUGCCCUUUUCAGUUUUAAUGAAUUUUGGGAAGCAAAAUCGCAAAACGGUCGUAUGACUUUCCCUCACUUCUCUUCUCCCCCUCAUCCUUCUCACUGGCUUCCGCCGACUCUUGGUCGCCUCAAGCUCAAUGUGAUGCCGCUAUUCCGAAUCAUAUUAACGGCAUGGGAAGUGGUUUCAUUCUCCGCAAUCAUCUUGGUAUUACUCUCCGUGUUGCAACCUUUUUUCUUGAAGGCUCUCAGUCUCCUGAAGCUGCCGAAGCUAGAUCGAUCAAGCAUGGUAUCAUCUUCUUGCACACUGGGGCUUCUCUGA